AAAAAUUCCAAUAAGUGUAUAUUGAUUGCUUUGUGUGAAAGUUAUAGCGUCUACAAACUAUGGUAUAAAUACUGCAAUUUACGCCAUUUUUCUGCUAUACAGCGCUGUGCUAGUUUAACGGACAAUUGCGCGCGGUCAUGCAAUACGUUUGGGUACAGUGUUGUAUGACCGCGCAAUUGUCAUUCAAACUGUGAGAGCGCUGAAACCUGAAAAAUGGCCUGGGCAGGAAGGUGUAAA